CUCUCUCUCUCUCUCUCUCUCUCUCUCUACGAAAUCUGCCUUUGAUUUCGCUCCUCUCCCCUCCCUCUCGCUCCUCUCGUAUCACGAAUUUUUGCCAUUGUUUUCUGCCCUCUCUUUAAGAAUUCUGCUAUUGAUUUCGCCUGUCUCUCUCUCUCGCUGAAAUUUGCAUUUGAUUUAUCUUUCGCUACGAUUUUUGCCAUUUUUUCUCAUCAGCAUAUAAUGGAGAAGUUCAAUAGAGGCCUUCUUCUGUUUUUGUUCCUAUUCUUCUCUCUCUGUUUGGCUUCAAUGGCAGGGAAAGCAGAGCGUCGUUUUGUGAGAGAAAGCAUCUCUUCAAACGACAUUGUGAUUUUCUCCAAAUCCUAUUGCCCCUAUUGUAAAAGGGCAAAGUCGAUUUUCAAACAGUUGAACAAGACACCUCAUGUCAUUGAGCUUGACGAAAGAGAUGAUGGAAGUGAUAUUCAAGAUGCUUUGGGUCAGAUGUUCGGGAAGCAAACAGUACCUCAAGUGUUUAUCAAUGGAAAGCGCUUAGGUGGAUCAGAUGAUACUGUGGAAGCCUAUGAAAGUGGAGAGUUGGCGAAGCUCCUUGGAAACAAUUCUGGGGAUGACCUCUGAAUUAAAAAAAACUUAGAGUCUCUUUGGCGAUGCAGUUGUGCUACCUGUUAAACAGGUGCAGAUGAUGGGUUUUUGGAUUGAAAUAAAACAAUGAUAAAUUAUCACAUAUUAGUUUCAUAGAGUUGACUUCUUAUCGUUUUUGCA